AUGGCGACCGCGAUCCCCUCGAUAGCCUGCAUUGGCAUCAUCGGCCGCAACAACAACCCCCUCCACAUCUCAAUCUUCCCCUCACAUAACCCGUCCACGAACACGUUCGCGCCGAUCCGCACGCCCCUCCAGUUCUCCCUCCUCCUCUCCUCGACCCUCGACAUCUUCGAGCUGCGCCACAACAGCAACGGCGCCAACGCGGCCGGCGCGGGAGUCGGCAGCGGCUCCGGCCUCUCGGGCGAGGUCGGGCUCCUGCACGCCGUCGACGAGCGCCUCGCCGCGUACGGGUGGGAGACGAACACGGGCGUCAAGAUCGUCGUCGUCGUGGACAUGCGCGGGCGGCGGGUCGGCGGGGCGGGAGACGCCGCCGCGGCGUCUGCCAAGGGACGCGGGGCCGUCGGGCUGAGGGAGCAGGAGCUGCGGGUGGUCUUCAGGGCGGUGCAGAGCGCCUACGUGCGGCUGUUGCAGAACCCGUUCUACGAGCCCGAUGAGCACUCGCCGGUUUCCGGGCGCGGCGGCAGGGUUAUCAAGAGCAGGAAGUUCGAGGGGGAUGUGAGGAGGAUCGGGGGGGCUUGGACGCCUGGUGUCACGGCGCUGUGA